CUCCCAAAUUCCCCUCUAUUCUGAUUUUGUCUGUCACUCUUGAUAAUAAUUAGGCCUCUAGACUCUACUCUCCGUGUAUAGACCUGAGUCCAACGUCACAGAUAAAAGUGAAAAGUAGUUAGGAAAUUGGUGGCUUGUGUAUCGUGGCAUUUCUCGGGUGGAUCCAGCUCCUUGGUCCUCCACUCCUCCUCCUAAUCCGGAACGGAACUCAUCGUGGGUCCAAAGCAGUCCCUAGGCAGCAUGUCGGCCGACUGGAACAACUACGAUUACGGCCAAUCCAACGCCAACGGCGGAUUUUAUGACAGCGGAGCCGCCACUUAUGACUUCAACAACGCCGAUACGCACACACCCAUGGGUGGGGGUUCGGUGGCCCCGCCCGCCUACAUGACUCCGUCCAACGAUUAUGGCGCUGCCUCCCCGGUCCACGCCAUGCACGACGAUCAGUUUGAGAAUGAACCGCCGUUAUUGGAGGAAUUGGGGAUUAAUACCGAGCAUAUUGUGCAGAAAACCUUAGCCGUUCUGAACCCGUUCCGCUCGACCCGCUCAGAUGUGGCCGGGGAUGCGGAUUUGGCCGGACCCUUGGUCUUCUGUCUGGCCUUUGGCUCGCUCUUGUUGCUGACGGGCAAGGUCCACUUUAAUUACAUCUACGGGAUCGGGGUUUUGGGCUGCUUAGCCAUGUACGGCUUACUGAGCUUAAUGGCCAUGACCCCGGUGCCGUUGACGGUGGUGAUCUCGGUGUUGGGUUAUUGUAUCCUACCCAUCGUGACCUUGUCGGGCUGUUCCAUUCUAUUCUCGCUGCAAGGGCUCCUGGGCAAUUUGUUGGCCGCAUUAGCCGUGAUUUGGUGCGCACUCUCGGCCUCCAAUCUCUUCGUCACGGCUUUUAGUAUGGAACAUCAGCAACUGCUCGUGGCUUACCCGUGUGCCAUGCUCUAUGCUGUAUUCGCUCUCAUCACCGUGUUUUGAUGUGUGCCACUUUUGAUACUGACCCGCAUAUUUUAUUUAUGAAUAUAUUUAUAUAUAUAUCAGACCCUAGGUUUUGGUCAGAGUUGCGUAUUUUAAAUUCUUGUGAAAUAUAACGAACCCGAGUCCUUCUUCUUUUAAGGAUCUCAUGACUUUAAGCG